AAUAAAUCGGUAUUUCUUACUAAACUUGUCGAUUUUGUUUCUGGGAAUAGCGAGAAAGAUUUGGACGCUUUCCUCCUCGAUUCCCUUUAUUUCAUCCAAAUCGAUUGAUACAAGCCGAGAAAAAGGUCUACCACUUCACGUCAUUACCAUUUUGACCAAACCGAAUUUCCGAAAAAACAAAGGUCAAGGCAAAAAGUGAGUGUAUCACCCGAAACUGUGGUUUGAAUUGCAAAGAACUCUGUGACGCUUCAAUCUCUUCUUCACUUCAAUGGCAAAACACGAAGAACUGUCAAUCCCUGUUUACUCCACCCUCGAACCAGUUUAUGGGGAUGAAUCCCAGCUUGAAGAAGCUCAGCUUCGAUUCGAUAAGCUUAAAGCCAAGUUUCUUGAAGUUUUCGGUCACCAACCUGAUGUUUUCGCUCGAUCUCCAGGUCGAGUGAAUUUGAUCGGAGAGCAUAUUGAUUAUGAGGGAUACUCCGUGCUGCCGAUGGCCAUAAGGCAAGACACAAUCGUCGCGAUCCGUAAGCAUGACGCUGGAGAGUCUCCCCAGCUUAGAAUCGCAAAUGUGAAUGAUAAAUAUACAAUGUGUACUUAUCCCGCUGAUCCUAAUCAGGAUGUUGAUUUGAAGAACCACAAAUGGGGUCAUUAUUUUAUCUGUGGUUACAAAGGAUAUUAUGAAUAUGCCAAAUCUAAAGGUGUAGAUGUUGGUGUACCAGUUGGACUUGAUGUCCUUGUUGAUGGGACAGUUCCUACAGGGUCUGGACUAUCAAGCUCAGCAGCAUUUGUUUGCUCUUCUACUAUUGCUAUAAUGGCUGCUUUUGGUGUGAAUUUCCCAAAGAAAGAAAUUGCACAACUUACAUGUGAAUGUGAACGCCAUAUUGGAACACAAUCUGGUGGAAUGGACCAGGCAAUUUCUGUCAUGGCAAAGGCUGGGUUUGCGGAACUGAUUGAUUUCAACCCUAUCUGUGCAACUGAUGUGCAACUUCCUGCUGGUGGAUCUUUUGUGAUAGCCCAUUCGUUGGCAGAAUCUCAGAAAGCAGUAACUGCUGCAACAAAUUACAACAACCGGGUUGUAGAAUGUCGUCUAGCAGCUGUUGUCCUUGGUAUAAAGCUUGGGAUGAAGCCACAGGAAGCUAUCUCCAAAGUGAAAACUCUUUCUGAUGUUGAGGGAUUAUGUGUGUCAUUUUCUAGCAGUUGUGGUUCUUUAGAUCCUGUUCUUGCUGUCAAGGAAUUUUUGAAGGAGGAGCCGUAUACUGCUGAAGAAAUUGAGAAAAUCACAGAGGAAAAUCUGCCUUCUGUCUUGGGUAGUUCUCCAACCUCAUUGGAUGUACUAAGAGCUGCAAAGCACUUUAAGUUAUUUCAGCGAGCCUCUCAUGUGUAUUCUGAAGCUAAGCGUGUCCAUGAUUUCAAGGACACUGUCUCAUCAAACCUAAGUGACGAGGACAAACUAAAACAACUUGGUGACCUCAUGAAUGAAAGCCAUUACAGCUGCAGUGUUCUCUACGAGUGCAGCUGCCCUGAGUUGGAAGAACUGGUAAAGAUUUGCCGGGAAAAUGGAGCACUUGGAGCAAGGCUUACAGGAGCUGGAUGGGGUGGCUGUGCUGUUGCCUUGGUCAAGGAGAAUAUCGUCCCACAAUUCAUCCUCAAUUUGAAGGAAUCAUUUUAUCAGUCAAGGAUAGAAAGGGGGGUUAUCAAUAAGAACGAUCUUGGCCUCUAUGUUUUUGCUUCAAAGCCAUCUAGUGGAGCUGCAAUAUUCAAGUUUUAGUUACACCAGUGUAAACAUUGGUGGAAAGCUGUUUGGUCAGCUUUAAUUAAGAUGGAUGAUAAUGUGAUGUCCUUGUUCCCAGAAAUAAUCCUGCUUCUAUCAUGUUAGGGACAUCUUUGCAUAGUUUUCCUUAUGAAGACAAAAGGUAAAAGGAAAAAAAAAACCCUUCAAUGUUAAAGCAUCAAUACAUAUUAGACUAUGUGGUCUGAAUCAUCUGAUACGGCCUUUUGGCAUGGGUGGAAUGGCCCAGAAUCACACAUGUAUCAGUUCAGGCUGGCUUGUAUUGGCUAUUUAUCAGUUAUGUAUUGGUGUGUAAUUAGGUUUUA